AGGAAGACACGCUGAAAGAAGGAAGGCGAUGCGAACUUUUGUGUUUGUUUGUGAUAAUUAAUAAUUAUUGUUAUUGGUAUUAUCUUUGAAUCCAUCCUCUUUGCCAUGAAGAGAUGGAUCCCGCUCUUCAUCUUGGUCCUUUUCAUCGUCCUUUAUGUGGACUUUCAAUUAGGGACAUGUGGCGGCCCCACCACGGAGGUUCUCCCCGCGUCGCACGGAGCUCUGCAGCGGCCACCCGGAGCAGCCACGGCCGCCAACACGCACCCAGGACGGGGAGGCUCUCAGGGGGAGGACCGGCUGAGGCUGGAGGACAUCUUCAUCGCCGUGAAGACCACCGGCAGGUUCCACAGGACGCGCCUCGUCCUCCUGCUGGACACAUGGAUCUCCACCACCAAGACUCAUACGUUCAUUUUCACAGACACAGAAGACGAGCACCUGAAGAUUAAAGAUUUCCACAUGGUGCUGACCGGCUGCCAGUCGGACCACAGCCAGCAGGCCCUGGCGUGCAAGAUGGCGGCCGAGUACGACGCCUUCAUGGCGUCCGACAAGAGGUGGUUCUGUCACGUGGACGACGACAACUAUGUCAACGCCGAGGCUCUCCUCGCCGCGCUCGCCGCCUUCCCUCGCCGGGGCGACGUUUACGUGGGCAAGCCGAGCCUGGACAAGCCCAUCACCGCGCACGAACUCUCGGAGGGCAAUGCCACGAGGGAAGUGAAGUUCUGGUUCGCCACAGGAGGAGCAGGGUUCUGUUUGAGCAGACAACUGGCCCAGAAGAUGUCUCCAUGGGCUCGAGGCUCUCGCUUCCAGGAGACGUCAGCAAAGAUCCGCCUCCCCGACGACUGCACGGUGGGCUUCAUAGUAGAGGAGCGGCUGGGGGUCUCCAUGGUCCACUCCCCCUUGUUCCACUCUCACCUGGAGAACCUGCUGCUCAUCAAACACGCUGACAUUCCUCACCAGGUGACGCUGAGUUACGGAAUGUUUGAGAAGAAGUUGAACAGCGUGGAGUUGAAGGGAAGAUUCUCCAAAGAGGAAGAUCCAUCCAGGUUCAAGACUUUGCACUGCCUGCUGCACCCGCUGACCAGCUGGUGUCCUUAAAGAAACAAACACCAGACAGGAAGUAGAAGUCACGGGACAGGAAGGACGGUUUAGUUGGCGACGUCAAUCGGGAUUGACUAGAAAGUGGGUAUUAAAAUUGUACAAAGUGUAUGUGUUACAAAAACACGUGUUUUGUUUACUGGCCUGAAUGCUAAAUGUGCUAAACUGAAAUGCUAAAGUUAACAGGCUAACGGUUAGCAUGUGUCACGUACCAAGUUAUACAGCUAAAAAAAAAAGUCAGCAUGCUAAUGUUAGCAUCAUCUCUGAAUCAAUCACAAAUGAUCUACCGCCUGAGAGUCGGUACACGACUACAUCACCGAUCUUCUGCUGCCUGGCGAGUCUCCAAGUUCGGCCGUUUGGAAAAGGAAAUGACUCCCGAUCAGCUGGCUGAGUAACGACACUCCCAAAACCACGGGAGAAACUAUUUAUGUCACCAGACAAUGCCUUCCGGCUUAGCUCCUUUCUCACCACGACGGACCGUUGCAGAGUCCGCAGCACUGCAGAUCUCAUGAUCCACUCUUCCCCCACCCGGGAACAAGACCCCGAGGUACUUGAACUCCUCCACCUGGGGCAAAAUCUCCACCCCGACCCCGGAGAUGGCACUCCACUAUUUUCAGGGCGAGAACCAUGGACUCGGACUUGGAAGUGCUGGUUUGCGUCCCAGUCGCUUCACACUCAGCUGCGAACCGGUCCAGUGAGAGCUGAAGAUCCUGGCCAGAUGAAAGUUAAAGUUCCAAUGAUUGUCACACACACACACUAGUUGAGGGGAAAUUAUCCUCGGCAUUUGACCCAUCCCCAUGUUCACCCCCCUGGGAGGUGAGGGGAGCCAUUGGAAUAAUUUGGUGAUUCAACCCCCAAUUCCAACCAUUGAUGCUAAGUGCCAAGCAGGGAGGUAAUGGGUCCCAUUUUUAUAGUCUUUGGGUUUGAACUCACAACCUACCGAUCUCAGGGCGAACACUCUAACCACAAGGCCACUGAGCUGGAACCCACCAGGGCCACAUAAUCUGCAAAAAGCAGAGACUUAAUCCUACAGCCACCAAACCGGAACACCUCAACGCUCUGACUGCGCCUGGAAAUUCUGUCCAUAAAAGUUUUGAACAGAAUCGGUGACGAAGGGCAGUCCUAGCGCAGUCCAACCCUCACUGGAAACGUGUCUGACUUACUGCCGGCAAUGUGGACCAGGCUCUGACACUGACCAUACAGGCGGUUCGAUGCCCCGUACUCUCUGAGCACUCUCCACAGGACUUCCCGAGGGACACGGUCAAAAGCCUUCUCUAAAUCCACAAAACACAUGCACCCUCAAGGAUCCUGCCGAGAGUAUAGAGUUGGUCCACAGUUCCACGACCGGGAUGAAAACAACACUGCUCCUCCUGGAUCCAAGGUUCCACUAUCUGGUGGAAGCUUUUCUUUUCACGGUAAACUUGUAACAAACGUCUGCAUCGCACCUUAAAGGCCUACUGAAAGCCACUACUACCGACCACGCAGUCUGAUAGUUUAUAUAUCAAUGAUGAAAUCUUAACAUUGCAACACAUGCCAAUACGGCCGGGUUAGAUUAGUAAAGUGCAAUUUUAAAUUUCCCGCAAAAUAUCCUGCUGAAAACGUGGGCGUGACGUCACGGAUUGUAGCGGACAUUUUGGGACAGCAUUGUGGCCAGCUAUUAAGUCGUCUGUUUUCAUCGCAAAAUUCCACAGUAUUCUGGACAUCUGUGUUGGUGAAUCUUUUACAAUUUGUUUAAUGAACAAUGGAAACAGCAAAGAAGAAAGCUGUAGGUGGGAAGCAGUGUUUUCCGCAACACAAACACGUAGCCGGUGUUUCAUUGUUUACAUUCCCGAAAUAUGACAGUCAAGCUUUACCGUUGGCCUGUGGAGAACUGGGACAACAGAGACUCUUACCAGGAGGACUUUGAGUUGGAUACGCAGACGCGGUACCGUGAGUACGCAACCAGAAUGUUGCCAUAAGCAUUUUGUUUCAUUUGUAUGUGUAACGCAGUACGCAGCUGUGGCUUCCAAACAUUUGAUCGCUUGCCCGUACGUGCGUGCCGCUAUGUGCAUGUCACGUACGUAACUUUGGGGAAAUAUGUGUGCUGUAUGAACUUUGGGGAAGUGAACGGUACUUCGGGCUGUGGUAUUGAGUGUGUUGUGCGGGUGUUUGAUUUGUAUUGGCGGGUUAUAUGGACAGGAGGGGG